GUGAUUUUUAACAUUGUCAACUUCAGCAAAACAAAAAGCCUUUACAGGGAUGGUAUGUCUCCAGUUGUGAAAUCUACAAGUCGGCCAAAAUGGCAAAGGCUGCCCUCCAAAAACGUGUACUACUAUCGUUGCCCAGAUCAUCGCAAAAAUUACGUCAUGUCUUUUGCAUUUUGCUUUGACCGUGAAGAUGAUGUAUACCAGUUUGCUUACUGUUACCCCUAUACCUACACCCGCUUGCAGCACUACUUAGAGAACCUCGAUAAGCAAAGGUUGAACUAUGUCCACCGGGAACUGCUUGGGCUUAGUGUGCAACAGAGAAGACUUGAUCUUCUUACCAUUACCAACCCCGUGAACCUGGUGUCUGAAGCUGAGCAAAGGGUCGUGUUUAUAACUGCUCGAGUACACCCUGGGGAAACGCCGUCUUCUUUUGUGUGUCAGGGCAUCCUUGGUUUCCUUGUUAGUCAGCAUCCCAUUGCCAGAGUUCUGCGAGAUCACCUGAUAUUUAAAAUUGCACCUAUGCUUAAUCCAGAUGGAGUGUACUUGGGAAACUACAGGUGCUCUCUGAUGGGUUUUGAUCUGAACAGACACUGGCAGGACCCCUCUCCAUGGGCUCACCCAACUCUCUAUGCAGUGAAACAACUGAUCCUGGAAAUGCACAAUGGCCCAAAAACCAGUCUGGAGUUCUACAUUGACAUCCACGCCCAUUCCACCAUGAUGAAUGGGUUCAUGUAUGGAAAUAUCUUCGAGCAGGAAGAUCUGUUUCAGAGACAGGCCAUUUUUCCCAAGCUGCUUUGUCGAAAUGCAGAAGACUUCUCUUUUUCCAGCACAUCCUUCAAUCGAGACACCAUGAAGGCUGGGACCGGUAGAAGGUUUUUGGGAGGUCUUUUAGAUGAUUCUUCAUAUUGUUAUACCUUGGAAGUCUCCUUCUAUAGCUAUCUGGUAGGAGGGACCAGUAGCACAAUACCCUACACAGAAGAAACUUAUAUGAAGUUUGGGAGAAAUGUGGCAAGAACUUUUAAGGAUUACUACCAGCUGAAUGGUGAAACUGCAGGACUUCCUAGACCGCAUGCCAGCAGAGAGAAGCCACCAGCUGCUACCGGAAUAAGUCAGAACAGCACUGGAGGCACGGGGAAAACUCGCAAGACUUCGACAAGCAGCAGGGAGCAUGCUAAAUCAACAUAGACCCGGGAUCCGCAGCUCACCCAGGCUACAGAAGAAAAACAAAGUUCUGUUACUUUUUACACGUUGUUUUCAAGAGUGUUUCUUUUUAA